CCUAUGCAGGUGAAAAGAAAGCGUCUCGUUGCAGUGCUGCGGAUCACAUUCAUGACGUCGUAAAACACAGAAAGGACGAAUUUGUUCCAUUCGCUGUCCUACGUGAUUGUCACCGGCAUAAAAGAACGGCUAUUAUAUUAAAGGGUGCCGAAAGUAUCUGGAAAAAAUAUGACAGUUUGUGAGCUUUGGCGACGAUAUUGGCGCAGCAUGUUAGCUGCUACCUCAUAGGGAAGGGUCCCACCAUGGAACCUCUGAUGCGGUCUACAGACUGCGGAAACAUGAGCUCAAAGCCAAAUAAAAAGGAUCCCUCUGAAGUCGGCAACAGUCAAGCCACUUUGCCGUCGUUAUGGCCUGUGCCGUAUUCUCCCUCAGCGUCCUCGCUGCGUAGGAAUCUUUUUGAUCCCUCCGCCAUUGUUGCUGUUACAGUCUCCUCUGUCACUCCCAGUCGUGUGGCUCAAGCCGGAUCAGUAAAAAUCCUCACAGAGUCAAAAUGGACAGAAAGACUGCUAUCAGGGGCAUCGGUAUUAUGCACGGACACUUCUGGUGAAGCAUCAAAGAGUUUGACAGAUAAAGAUGAAUCCAGAGUCACCGUUAGGGACUUAUUCAGUCUUCCCGCCAUCGUUCCGAGCGUGUCCCCUGAAAGUCCGCGUUCUGUGGUUCAACUACAAUUACCAGAGCCAAAAUGGACAGAAAAAACUCCAAUGAAGGCCUCUGCAUCAUUUACUGACAUCCCUGUCAAGACUGCUGAUGAAGCAGCACAGAGUUUUACAGAGAGAGAGUCAUCAAAAGUCACAAGGAGGGACUUGUUCAAUCUUCCCGCCAUUGGUUCCAUCGUUUCCCCCAGAAGCUCCCAUCUUGCAGGAUCACGGAAAGCCACCGCAGAGAUAAAAUGGACAGAAAAACCAAGACAGAAGGCCGUGGUAUCAUGCACUGACAUCCCUGCCACCAAGAAUGAUGAAGCAGCAGCACAGAGUUUUACAGAGACAGAUGAAUCAAUAACCACAUGCAGGAUGAAAAGGCUGAACCUGGUUGAAAAGGUUCCCGUCACUGGCAUGGAGAUAGUUCAGUUGUUCCUCAAGAACAGAGACGUGGGAGAACUAAAGGUGUUUUACUUGAAGGAACAAGAGAGUGACUUGUUCAGACCCUAUGACCUGCGAGUGGUCCCAGACAGUGAGGCUGGUUCCGAGCACUACGUCUUCACUGCAAAUGCAGUGCUGCAUGUCACACAGAGGGGUUACGGAGGGCUGGUCACUUUGGAAGAGUGGUACAGGGAGUCGGUGCUCUGGACAGCUUUGCAGGCGAUCCCCUUUUUUAGGGAAUUCAUUCUGCGAAACGCUGUCACCCUGUGGUAUAGAAAUGUACGUGCGACCGUUUACAAGCGAAGGUUUGAAGAAGUUCAGGCCCUCCUGCUUACGAACAUCCCCCAGUACAGAAAUGGCCUCCUUCUUUUAUCCAGACUCAUAGAAGACCUGAAAGUGACACACUUGCUGCCUCUGGAUGAAACAAAAACAUACACGUUGUUGGAAUUUCAGAAUGUUCUGGCGACCAGUAGGCAAAAGGUUCUGAACAGUCUAAGCCAGCUCUCACAAUUUCGCAUCUGCAUCCUUAGUAAGGCCAAAGAAGAGAGUUACAAGGUCCUCAAGGAGCUUCAGGAGCACCUCGACUAUGCCGACAUGCCACAUCAUUGUUGCAAGCCCAUUCACCUGCACCAGGCCCACCUGAACGAUCUGCAGAGGGAUUUUGCGCACGGGAAGAGUGUCCUGCAGAAGCUGGGCAACUUCGCUGCCCUCGUCAAUCAGAUCAUCAUGCAGACUCUUGUCACCGUUGUCCAGAAAAAUGUCACGUUGUUCCUCAACAACAUUUUGAAGAGAAAGAAUUCUCACAGCAGCUGCCUUUUCCAAACUGACCUGUGUCUUGGUGCUGAUCAGCUGACUCUUGAACCACCUCUACAUCUCUUACGAGAAACACUCACUCAGGCACUUCUGACUGCCGGUGAUUCCAUAAGCCAGAUGUGUGACACUUCUGGACUUUUCCUGGAGGUCAGCAGCGCCCUUGAUCGUCAGGACGAAACAUCUGACGUCAGCUGUUCUUCUGUUGUCGCAGACUCUCAUGGUGAGAUCAAGGACAACGAUGGAAUGCCUGGUCUCAUACAUUAUAGCUGCUGUCAGUGGAUCAGAGAACAGCGCCCCGGUUGGAAGUUCAUGAUGUCUGUGCAGGGCCACAGAAUGCCUGGCUCAUACUAUCCUCUAUCCAAAGAACGACUUGUGUGGUAUAUUACCAUCAAUGAUGUGUCAAUACGCAUAAACAAAGAGCAGUCUGAGCUGAUGCAGGCAGCAGAGUCCGAGAUCCAGCAGCUGCUGGAGAGUUACGUGUGGUUGCUGGACAUCCGUGUGUUCAUCAGCCAAUGGAGUCCAGCCUCUUUGGAAAGCAUGAAGGGUCAAUCUGCUUUACUGUAUCAGGAACUAAUUAAGAAGCUGCGCCAGUGGAUUGAACAAAUCCACGCCACCCCGUCAUUCAUCUCUACCUCCAACCAGCUAUUUAUUAUCCACUGCACCCACAUGAAGGAGUAUCUAGGUAUUGGAUUACGGCAUGCCUCUGAUACGAAUGCAACUCUUGCGGAACUUAUUUCUCAGCCAUUUGACCUUCACCAGGAAUUCAUCAACCAGAUAUGUAGCGAUGCGCAAAAAGAGAAUUCAAUGGAACAGACAUUCAAAAAAAUUCAACAGGCAUGGACGAACCAUAUUUUGCAGCUGCAUACCUAUACAGGUCCUUGUUGUCAUCUUGCUGAACCACACGUAUUGACAAACGAUUCCACUUCUGACGCCUCAAGUGAUGCCAAAAUUAUCAUUGGGCUAGAAUUCCUCUUCUCUGAGAUAGAAAAUGAUUUGAUGACUAUGACAAACAUGCAUAGGUCACGGCACAGUCUAGACUUUAGGUUGCAAGUAGAAGAAUGGAUGCACCUACUACAGGAGCUUGAUAAGUUGUUGCAUUUGUUUGAAAUCUAUCAGCAAAAAUGGAUAUUCCUAAACAACAUGUUUCAAGAAACAAUCUUGUGUGUUCAAAGAUGGGAUUUGCUGCCACAAUUUCAAUCAGUUGAUGAGAGUUUCAAGACCAUGAUGCAUUAUAACUCGACUCAUGCCAGUGUGUUGGAUCUUGUUCGUCCCAAAACAGGGAACAACAAUUUUCAUGGGGCAAACCUUUACCAAACUCUCCUUAACAAUCUAUCAACAUUGAACACUAUUGCUAACCAGAUGUCAAAUCGUCUUCAUUCUUUCUGCAAAUCGUUUCCAAGACUCUACUUCUUAAGUGACAGGGAAAUAGUGGAACUACUCUCAUUACAACCAACGCCUACCUCUCUGUUACCCUUUGUACGGAAAUUCUUUAAAGGGGUGCAGUUACUGGAAGUGGAAGCCAUAUCUGUAACAAAGGAUCUACAUAAUUCAUGUGACACACACAAUAGGGUACUUGGGGUUUUUGGCAACCUCCAAGAGCACAUUAUCUUUCUUUCUCCAUUGGAACCGAAUCAUAAUCCUUUGAUUUGGCUGAGUAGGUUUCAGGAACAACUCAAGUCAACCAUGAUACAUCUCAUGAGGCAAUGUGCUGAUGAAAGAAAACAACUGGAACCAUCAAAUCAAGACUCUGCACAUUAUGACACUCAUGGACAAGUAUUAACUGUGCUAGAUAUGACAUCUAAGUAUCCUCUUCAGUGUCUUCUUGUAGCAGAGGAAACAAUCUGGUGCAAUGUCCUUCAUCAAGCUUUCCAGGACUCAAGCACAGUUAGGAUGAGUAGGAUUAAUGCAUUAAACAGUGCACAACUGGAAAAUCUUUGCCAGUCCUUAAGGGAUGCAUUUGUAAGGUCUAAAGGUGAUGCACAACUCUCAAAAUACACAAUGACAUGUUUACGUACUUUUGUGCUCCUUAGAAUGAAACAUGCAGAGCAACUAACUAAACUCAUGCAGGUACAAUGUCAGCCAGCAUUAUCUUUUGAGUGGCUGAGUUCUCUAAAGUAUUGUAUAACCUCAGAAGGUCAGAGUCUAAAAGAAAUUGAUGGUCGUAAAUGUUAUGUGGACAUAUUAGGCCAUCGACUCCCAUACGGUUAUGAGUAUUUUGGUCCAGAAGAUUGGGGAAUGGUGCAUUCUCCCUGCACAGAUCGAAUGAUAAUGGGAAUUCUUCUUGCUGUGACAAGUUUUAGAUGUGGAUUUGUGAAUGGACCUUGCUCUUCAGGAAAGACAAAUACUGUGGUCUGUUUGGGGAAAGCAUUGGGGAGACAUGUUGUGAUGCUACGCUGCUGUCCAAACAUGUCAUCUGAUAUUUUUCAAAAGAUGCUACUUGGGGCUCUUUUGACAGGAGCAUGGUUUGUGCUGGACUCUGUGGACUUGCUGCCUCGAGGUGUCCAGACAUCACUGGCACAACAUCUUGAGGACAUUUACCAAUCUUUCUCUGGGUUGUCAAGAAAGAAGGAAGACCAGGAAAAAACUGCCUCAGGUUGCAAAAGCAUGUUUGAUCCAGAAUGCUUUAUGGUCUUUUCAGGGGUAACCAUUUCUGCUAGCCCCAGCUAUGGAUGUGUUCUCAUAUCAUCAAAGGGAUGCACCGCCGAGAUUUCUCAAAGUCUGCGAUUUUCAACCAGGCCUGUGGCAUUAACUCAUCCAGAUUACAUGAUCAUUGUGGAGAUAAUGCUGACUUCCUUUGGUUUUAAAGAGGCAAAGUGUUUAAGUCAACGUCUUGUAUCCCUCAUCAGUCUCAGCAAGGACUCCCUCUGUCUGCCAGUCUUCACUGCACAAAACCAGAGUAGCUACCUUGUCAUUUUGCAAAAUAUCACAUCUGCGUCUAAAAAACUAUUAAAACAAAUUGUUCGGCAUGAGAAAUUUAUUGGUAAGGCUAGACAAUCUUUUGUAAUACAAGCUAUUCUUAAAUCUCCAGAAAAUGAAAAUGCAGAAGAUAUUAAUGAGGAUCAAGAACAAGCAAUUUUCCCUGGAUUAUUGGAGGAAAUAGCUGUUGUCAAAGCAAUUCAUUCAGUAUUAUCACCAAUGAUUUAUGUGCCUAAGAAGGUCUCACUGUUCAACUCCAUUUUCAAAGACAUGUUUCCUAUAGCUUGUCAGCUUCCCUUUAUUCAACAAUAUACUCAGGAUGAGCCAAACUUCGAACUUCAAGAAGCAGUGUCAGAAGAAUUAGAUCAGCUCCUGUUGCACUCUAACACAGAAAGUAUUUGCCAAGCUCUUACACUGUACCAGACCUUGAGUUUCUCUCAUGUAGUUAUACUUCUUGGACCCACUGGGAGUGGAAAAACAACUUGUUACAAUGCUCUGGCAGGAGCCCUCAGUAGACUUGCAAACAAAACAGGUGAAAAUAUAUCUGAUGAAAAAAUGUUUGAAGUGGAUACUCCUCAGGCAAAACUACUGAGCUCUGCUUCAAAUUGGAGCUCUGUCAACACUGUGGUCAUAUUUCCAAACGCCAUGUCCCAUGAGGAGUUAUUUGGUGGAUUUUGUGAUGAAAUUGGGUGGCAAGAUGGAGCUGUGACCAAGGCCUUGAGAGAUUCAGAAAGACACAAGACUGGAAAAUUAGAAAUGUGCAAAACAAAGAAGCCUUGUCAUGAGACCAAUGCAGUGAAAUGGCUGGUAAUGGAUGGAGAGCCACUGAGAAAACCUGGCUGGCUAGAUCACUUAAGCACACUGAGUGAUCUUGAGGACCCAUUUUUAAGCAUACCAUCUGGUGAAAUGCUCAUGCCACACCAAUCACACUUCAAGUUACUUGUGGAGACCACCGACUUAAGUGAAGCAAGCCCCUCUGCAGUGACUCGCUGCAGUCUUAUUUAUUUUAAUGGUACUGAUGUUUGGAACUCCGUGUGGAAGAGCGAAAUGGAUUCUCUCCAUCGCGGUUUCACUCUGGAUAAAGGGACCCUGGAAAUGUGGACUCAGCUGUCAGAAGAUCUUUUCUCCAGCACUCUCAGUUUGCUGAAGAAGAAUGAAAUUUCUAAUAAAGGUCAACCCUCAACGUACGGCCUAACAGAAAUCAUGUCAUUCAUUCGAAUUCUGCGUGCCCUCCUGCAGCAUUUUGCCAGGACUGUCAAACACAACGAAGCCACAGGACAAAAAGACAAAAGAGCAGAUAUGCCUCCAGGCAGAGAUUCUAAUAUAAGAGAAGAUAUUUUUCUGUUGGCUUAUGUUUGGGGAUUUGGUGGGCAUCUCCAUCCUCGACUCUGGCCACAGUUUGACAUUGUUGCCCGCCAAGUACUGUUUGAUAGUCGAUCUAAAAUUGUGGUUCCACAUGAAGGGACAGUGUUUGAGUUCUUCUUUAAUAUUGACAACAAGAUAUACUCUAAGAACACAUUGUUGACAAAGUCCAUCACACCAAAGCAUUGGAAGUAUACUUGUCUGCUCACCGUCAUGUUGGAGGCGAUCCAGCCUGUGCUGCUUGCAGGAGAGCCAGGUUCAGGAAAAUCUACUGUGUGUAACACCCUGCUGUGUUUUGAUAAGCCACACAUUAAAAUACCAGCUAGUUCUAUACGGGGUCCCACAGACCUGCGCCAUUUACUGUGUGGAAUUAGCUACCAGAAGAGCUGUCAAAAAAACAAGGGUGUCAUGACGAAACAGCCAGGCCUAUUGCUUUAUGUGGAUGACUUGCAUGAGACACCUUGCGAUGUGACUGGGAAGACUUCAAAAAUCUUAGAGACUCUACGACAAAGUAUUUCAAAAGGAGGGGUUCUUGCAUUUGAUUCUGAUCACUUCAAGGUGCUCAGUCCCGGAAUCGUCACCUACCUCGCUACCUGUUGUGUCUUUGAACUGGACAAUCCCCACGUUGGCGUAAUAUCUUCCAGGCUAUCCCGACUGUUCUCCAUUUUUGCACUCCCAAGCUUAACCACAGACUUAAUAUUUUCUAUUCAUUCGCCUCAGCUUAAACUCUGGCUCAGGGAUGUGCCAUUUAUCCCUAAUGUGGUGGACAUGGUACAUUGUAUUAUCAACGCAACAGAGAAUUUGUAUGAAGAUGUUUGUAAUAAUUUCCAGCCUACUAAACAAAGGCCCCGUUUUCUAUUCUCUCAUCAUGACCUGAAGAAAGUGUUUCAGGGGAUGUGCUUAUGGCAGCCUGUCCUUCAAAAAACAGAGACGCUAGACCCGAAGUUAAAAUCGAAAUGUUCCCCGCUCCCUCAAGAGGCUUUAGCCAUGGAGCUCAACAUUGUGCAUCUCUGGAUACACGAGUGCAUGCGUACCUUUGUUGAUCGGAUAAGCUCAGAGGACGAGAUUACUAAACUGCAGUCGCUCAUUGCCAAGGCAGCAACGGUACACUUUACAUUGCAGUUGCGAGACGAAUCCAACCUUGAGGCCCUCUUCGCUCCAAGCUUCAACAGUCUCAUUGCACAAUUAGGCCCACCAGACACCUGUACAUCGAGAAGUCAAGUACAAGAACCUGAAUCCGCUGCAUCCACAGACCAAUCCAAUGUCCCAAGACUACCAGUACAAGAAACUUUUCUUCAGCACUUGCUAGAAAUCAUGACUAAGCUUACAUAUGGUCCUCAGCUCGUUGGGAAUCAUUCUCCCAUAUUAAAACGUAGCUCUUAUCAGCCACAAAAUCUCAGUUUACUGAUACAGCACCUGUUUGCACACAUUGAUAUGAAAGACAAUGAAAAACAAGAUAUCGAUGGCCACUUCGCAUUCAAAUACACUUUGCACAGACAAAGGAUGUGCCAGAUGUUGCAUAUUUUCAGGGCUCUGUUAAUACCCGGAGGUCAUGGCUUGCUAAUGGCCUCAGGUAGGGGCACAGGACGUAAAACCACUGUACGUUUAGCAGCCCAUGUCUCAGGCUCCCACCUGAUUGAGGUGCACUCCGGUAACGAAUGUGAGUUGCAGAAAAUUUUAAAAGAAGCUGGGAAUCAAACUCGAGUUUAUGAAACUAAUACCAUCAUACUGGUUCAUGAUAAUAUAAGCGCCUCUGUCAGAGAAGAGCUAUUGGUGGCCCUCAGGUCCUACCCAGGGCUAUACACAGACCAGGAGCUGGCCAAACUUGUUUCUAGGGUGACUGCUGUGUAUAAAACAAAAAGAUUCCUCUUGGACAGCUGGAUUUUUGACAAGUACUUGUGCCAAAACCUCAGAGACGUGCACGUAUUCAUGUUGAUGCCUGCCGUUGUGUCAACCAGCAGUGGAAACUAUGAUUGCAAGGAACAAAUAACUAAGGCUCUUGGCCUCUGCUGUGUGGAGAUGUACCAACCUUGGUUCAAUCAGUCUUUGACAGAAGUUGCUGCUCACUACCUGAAAAACAUUUUUCAAAACUUGAAAAUGCAAGGCUCACAAGUUGGCCUGGCUGUAGCAAUGGCAGGAAUCCACCAGUCUGCAUAUCAGUACGCUUCUGUCCUUCUAAUGGCACAGCCUUUCAGCCCUUACACAUAUAUGGCAUUCAUUUCUCACUUUAGUUACCUCUGCAAAGUUAUGUUCAAAGAAUUGGAGUGCCGAUCCAACAGACUUAACACUUGUCUGUCUCAAUUGGAUGCCCUGGACAGCACGGCCAUGAAGUACAAACAUGAUUUAAUUAGAAUGCAAGGAAAAGUUGCCGAGAUACAGCAGCGUGUGGAUGAGCUCCUCGGAGCCAUAGAUGACCAGAAGAGUUUGCUUCAGAAAGCUGAAAAGAAAUGUGCUAAACAGAAGAGAAAGAUACAAAUCCUGGUAGACCGGAUCACUGAAUCUGAGGAUGAGCUUAAACCCUUUUUUCAAGCAGCACUCGAUGUGCUCCAUAGUCUGGACCCAUUAGACCUUGAAGAGGUUCGCCACUACAGAGAUCCACCUGAUGGGGUGGUGCUUGUCAUGGAUGCCGUUCUUUUGCUCUUUGACCGGCCUCCUGGCUGGGACAAUGCAAAAAGACUGUUCGGACAAUGUAACAUGUAUAAGUGCCUGGAAGUAUUUGACUUCUACAGCCUUACGGAUAUACAAAUGCUGCAACUUGGUGAGUUAAUUCAAAACCCCAUGUUUGUGCCGGAGUGUGUCCGCGAGGUAAGCAAGGCCUGCGAGACUCUCUGCCGCUGGGUCCUAGCUGUCAACAAUUGCGGCUCUAGGCGAUACCAGCUGAUGGUCAGGAAACAGCUGGACUUAAUGCUUAUAAGGGCUCAAGAUCAACUUGAGCAGAUCAAAGAUUACAUGGAGGAAAUAAACCGUUGCCUCGCAGAGCUCGAUGUUCAGCUACUACCUGAGCAGAAGUUGCUGGAUGAGCAACUGCAACUACUACACAAAGCUGAGUGCCUGGAGAGAAAUGCUGCUAAUGCUGUGGCACUGUUGUUGAAACACACAAGAGUAUGGAGGGCUGAAGCUCAGGUUGCACAGUUGCAGAGACAAUGCUUACCAGGAGACGCCAUGGUCCUGGCUGCCAUCAUCUCAUAUUUAGGCCCCUUUGCAGCUGAUAUACGCACCGAAUUGCUGAGCAAGUGGAGGGUUUUGUGCCAGACCGGAAAUAUCGACACGAACCCCAAAGACCACAGAAGUUCCCUGUUCACCUCCACUGACACGGCACCUCCCCAGCCAUCCUCUGAUUUUCUGGUCCCACUGUCCGAGACACUGCAGCCUCUUCUGUGUCGGGUGUUGGGUGUGACACAGUGGCCAUCGCACGAGACGGCACUCACCAGAUUAGUCCGGAAACUGCUGCUGUGGGGCUGCAGGAGGAGUUGGGUUAAAUACUGGCCUCUACUGGCUGACACCCAGCAUCAUCUGGAGAUCAACUCUAAGAAUUGGGUCAUUACAGGCGAAAUAGGAGACGAUGUCAGUCUUGGGAAAGAGUUUGAGUGUGACAUAGUGGUUUGUGGUGAUGAUCCAAAGCUAAUCUGCCAGUUGGACCUGGCUGCUGAGAAAGGCUUGAAAGUCCUGGUUACUCAUAUCGAACGGGUAACAGUCAGUCCAAAGUUUCUCGCUGCUUUGGCCCGUCCCGCUGCGAGUUGCCCCCCAGGGUCAAAACAGACUGCUCACCAGACACACCCUGAUUUCUGCCUCUUGCUUAGCACCCACUAUCCUACCAGACUCCUCAGCACCGACAUCCAUCCAUCCAUAUUGGCUCAGGUGGAUGUGGUUGACCUGUCACCAAGCUCGGAUCAGAUCCAGGAGCUCAUGCUGACACAGCUACUGCAGUCUGAGUGCAAAGUGCUGCUGAUUCAACACCUCCAGAUGCUGAAUGACAAGCAGCUGCUGCAGAGGAAACUGAUCACAGAGGAGGACUCUGUGAUGGACUCCAUCCUGCAGUCCGACACCACACGAAUGCAAGCACCUGAGUUCCUCACCCAAGUGGCUGAGGUCCAAGAAUCAAUUACUUUUGCACAGACUGAGUUGCAGCUGGUCAAUGAGAGGCAGGAGUACCAUGAGCCCCUGCUGGCUGCUCCCCAGCAGCUUAUAUAUUUGGCUUGGCUCUUCUACCAGGCUUUGCAGGAGGUCUCCCGCCUUUCCCCUACCUAUUACUUUUCAUUAUCUGGCUUCAUUACAGUGAUGCAGGAGGCCUUCGCAGAGAAGGUUAGCAGACUUGUAUCAUAUGCCACCGGGAAGGUGAUAGGGGGAGUAAUACCAGCGAUAAGGAACAAGAUGGUGGCAAAAUUGAUGUUCUACUAUAGGCCAUGUCUCUUUAGAAGCCACAGUAUGGUUUUCAAGCUGUUGGUAACUUUGGCUGAGAUGCAGACCAACCAAAUCUGCUCUCCACCGGAGAGGACAUCUUUCCUUGUGGGAUUAAAAGAUAUUUUUGCUCCUCAAGAUCCACAUUCCUCAAAAGAUAAUUGGAUAUACCCUCAGGUUGACUCUGACCUCCUCUGUUUAGAGAAAAUUCCAGCCUUUAAAGGGCUGACUGACUCACUGACCUCUUCACACAAGGAGUGGCAAGAGUUCCUGGACGUGCCUUCCUCAGUCGUAGGAGGACCGGUUCCCUGCGGAUCUCACUCCCAUCUUUCCUUGAUGCAGCGGGCUCUCCUCUCGAAGACCCUGCGCCCGCACUCCACAGGGGAGCUAGCUGAGGCCAUGGCGGCCUGCCAGUUUCGCCUACCACGCCACACGUCAGUUCCUCACUGUGGGAACCCGGGGGGUCUUUACACAUUUCUUGUGGAACACGAGGGACCUAUCAUCCUCACAUGGCCUUGUCCAUCAAAAGACAAGUGGACAAGUAUUCAGCCUCUCCACUUAGUGAAGCUCUUGGCCUCCAAGGCUACUGAUAUAAAGGAAGUGAAAGUCAUUUCCGUUGGAGGACUUUGUGAUAGUAACUUCAUCAUCUUCACUCUGGAAAAAGCACUCAGAGAUGGUCACUGGUUGGUUUUUAAUAACUGUCACCUGUUGGAGCAUUGGAAUGCUAAACUAGUGGCCUGUUUCAAUCAGCUGUUUUCCCCUUUCGGAGCAGCAACCGACAUGAAAAGUCCUCACCCAGACUUUCGACUAUGGUUUCUAACUGAAGAAUCCACUCAGUCCUUCCUACCUGCGUCAGUGCGAAUGCGUGGCCUGCCUCUGGUUUGUGACUCCUCCUGGAAUGUGAAGGAAGAGCUGAGCUGCUCUUUGCAAUAUUUAUCGUCCGUCGCUCAACGUCAGUCGGGGAGCGUGGCCGACAACUCGGAGCUGCUUCUGCGCUGUGCAGCGUUUCACUCUGUGUUGCUACAAAGAGAGGCCUACAAAUACUUGGGCCAGGCAAGAAUCUACAGCUGGAGCCAGUCAGACCUUCUAGCUUUGGUGAAUGCACUCUUUUCUUCCGCUAGUCUGUGCCAGGACAAGACUAAAGCUUUACAAUACAUAGCAGUCAACCUUGUGCAUGGCGGUCAUGUUCUGGAGUCUGCGGAUUCAGAGGUGGUGCGGAACACUGCAGAAACCUGCUUCAGCAAAGCACCACCUCUGGCCAGCGGACCGCACAUCCUCGCCAAUGUCAUCAGCAGCACUGAGCACUGUGAUUUUGCCAAACUCCUACGAAUGUUGGAUCGACAGCUGCUGCACUCUGUGGACGUCAGCGAGCCACUUCUCUUGGGUUUCAGUGCUGACGUGGAAGCUGAAAUAGAGAAAAUCAACAGUGACAAUCUGAACAAGAUGCUCCAGGCCUCCCAGACUCCCCCAGGAUUAGCUGCAGUUUGCAGCAGUGUGUUGGCGACGCUGCCAGAAUUUAGUCUGGCUAGUGAGAAACUGCAUGCGCUGCAGGAUUACCUCACACAUCAAAACGAAACCCGAUUAAGAAAUGCCGGAGCUGUUUUCCAAAGUCCCCUGUAUGACUUCCUCCUGACCGAGUGGCAUGAGCUGAGCGUCUCUGUGUCCUUGCUGCUCUCUCGGCUCCGACAGCCACUUCGUUACGUAACGACGACCUUCCUGUCCCUCUCCACGCUCACCACAUUGUCGCGUUUGCAGAGACGGGCAGAGCUCCUCAGCUCUUACCUGUGGCGCGACAACACUUCAGCACCUCGCGCCGCUUACCGACUGUCUGCUUUCUCCAAUGCCAAGGGCUUUCUGGUGGCGCUAAUGAGAAAGGCCGCUCAAGCGCAUCACAAGUACAUCAGUGAUAUCAAUCUGCGCCUUGAGGUUCGUGACGAUCCAUUAUUCACCCCACUUCCAAAGGAUAUAGUGUAUUUGUGUGACCUGGAGCUAAGAGGAGCAUCGUGGGAUGUGCAGAGGGCUGCCUUAGAAAACACACUCUCCCCUCAGCCCUGCUCCAUGCCUCUCAUUUGCAUCAGGGCACAAGUGAAAGACGCACACGUCCCUCGUUCACACAACUUCGAUCAAGUCUAUCAUUGUCCGAUUUAUCUGGAGGACUUGGACACUGGAGCGGAGGGGCGAGAUGGCUUUAACGUAGUCACAACAGUUCCGCUUCCUACUGCGUUAGAGCCUUCUUUGUGUAGUUUGCGGAAGGUUCGGCUAGUGAGUAGACUUUUUGACGCAUAGGGUUAUUACCAGCUUUUCACACAGAGAUCCCGCAAAAUCGCUGGAUCUGAGGAGUAACAGUAGAAAGAGAAUUUUCCCCCACAACUUCUUUUAACCCAACAGGGUGGGAGAAGUGGGUGGUAAACGUAGCGCCUCCCAUCGUACCACCAAAGGAAAACUGAAUAGUUAACUCUCAUUUCGUGUUGCCGCGAUUUACACAGAACAAGGUGGAAACCUACAGGCUUUUACAGAAUUCUUCAUUGAAUUGUUUAAUUGAUAUUCUGAUUAUUUUUGUACAAUAUUAUGUAUUCAAACACAAAUGUAUGAAUGUGGUGUUGGCAUACUAGCUCUUAAGAUAACGUGUCCAUGUUGCGUUUUCAUUAAAAAGCUUGUCUUGUCGUAGUGAUAACUGAUGACCAUUUUGUUUGAUUUAUCACAAGUAGAGACAACACCGAACCUCUAACUGGACUGUCACGGAUUUAAAUCUGAAACGUCAUCCCAUAACUCAUUCAAAUAAUGAUUAAUAAAAUCUUGCUCCGUUUGUCUGAUUCAUCAUCUAAGUCUGGUGUAAUAGACCCUUGUAACUUCACAGGUUGCUGAUAGAAUUGAAACCUUCUGUUAGCUGUGUUUGGACCAUCUACUACCACCUAUUCCUCCUCUUCCAUAUUUCACUUCUCUCGAGUUCACUAACCAUAAAUUUGUCUUUUUUAAAAGUCUGCGGUUCGUUAGUAACAGUAUGAUGACUUCCUGCCCUUCUGACUCAUCCUCUAGGCAACAUGGACAGACACCACUACGAAACGUUUGAGAAGUUUGGCAACAACACUUUCCUGCUGCACCUUGACAACGG